AUGGUUGCUCGCGCUUGUGCUACUCUGCUGCUGGCUCUGGCCAUGUUCGGAAGCUCGGCUCUGGCCCGUCCCGGAUACGCCGUUGAUUACUAUGAUCAUCCCAAGUACGCUUUCAACUACGGAGUCGCGGACCACAGCACCGGGGACGUGAAGUCGCAGCACGAAACUCGUGACGGAGACGUCGUAAAAGGACAAUACUCCCUCGUCGAGCCGGACGGUUCCGUGCGUACGGUUGACUACACCGCCGAUCCGAUCAACGGAUUCAACGCGGUGGUAUCGAAGACAGCUCCGCUCGUCCAUUCGCACGCCCCCGUCCUCAAGCACGUCGUCCCAGCCGUGAAGGCCGUCCACCACGUGCCAGCCGCUCCCGUCGUCCAGAAGGUCGUCUACGCUCACGAGCCGCUCGUUCACGUCGCUAAGACGGGCCAUUACACCGAGCAUCAUGCCCCAGCUGUACACUAUGGUGACUACCAUGACGGAUACUACGGCCACUACGAUGACAGCCACUACUACUGA